AUGUAUCUGCUUGCGACAGUCGUCACCUUGACCGCGGUCUUAAUCGUCCUUCCGAUCAUGAGGAGGAAGAAAACCUUUGAUUACUUCAAGGACCUCGGAAUACUUGGACCUGAGCCGAGUAUUAUUUGGGGAAACCUUGCAGAGUACCACAGAAAUGGCCGCCACUAUGCUCUGCAACAGUGGUGUGACAGAUACGGUGAUAUAUUUGGGUUUUACAACGGUGAUGUUCCCAUUCUCGUGAUCAAGGACAUUGAUUUUUUGGAUUACGUUUUUGUGACAAACUUCAAAAACUUCGUGGACCGCGGGGUUACAAUGAGAACGGAUCAGGUGCAUUCAUCACUUGGAGAGUCCUUGAUUCACGCCAAGGGAUUGCAAACGCGAUUUCUUCGAAGCUGCACCUCGCCGGAGUUUACUUCGCACAAACUGAAACAGAUGAUGCCUUAUCUCGUUGAGCAAGGAGACAUAUUCAUCAAUGAGCUGGGUAAACUUGCCGAUGAAAGAAGGGAGGAAUCAAUGCUCGACGCUUUCCAAGCUCUUUCCAUGGACUUCAUAUGUCGAGCCGCUUUCGGAAUAGACACCGACUUUCAGCAUAACAUCAAAAAUCCUUUCUACGUCCAAGCUGAAGGUGUUAUUCCAGGGAUGAUGAAAGGCCCUUUUCACGCCGUUGCACAGUGCACGACAACACUUGGAGGAUUUAUCAAACCAUUAUCAUGGCUUAAUCGUAUACUCGGAAGUUUCACCAUGGCAAUAUUUGCUCAAGAGAUGAAGAAGGUUAUAAGACUGAGAACGCAAAAUCAUGGUAUGCAAAGAAAUGAUAUGCUGCAAAAUUUCUUGGAAGCGGAAGUGAUUAACAAGUACCCCUUCACAACAGGCAGACAGGAAAACCUUCGUCGUCUCUCCGAAGAAGAGGUGGUGUUGCUGAUGACUGUUCUUUUUCUCGGAGGUUUUCAGACCACGUCGGUAACGCUAAGCUUCAUGUCCUUGCUACUGGCUAUGCAUUCGGAAGUUCAAGAGAAAGUGAGGCAGGAAGUGAAGGCUGCCAUUGGAAGUUCGGGAUGCUUGGAUUACGAUACCACUAUACGCAAACUGAAAUAUACAACCCAGGUCAUGAACGAGACAUUGAGAUUAUAUCCACCAUCACUCACGUUUCACACAAGAAUUGCAAAAGAAAGUUUUGAAUACAACGGCACAACGUUCAAGGCCGGGACCUGUAUCCUAGCUCCCGUCAGCCAAAUACAUAGAGAUCCGCAGUAUUGGCCCGAGCCAAACAAGUUUGACCCUGACAGGUUUAGUCCAGAAAACAAGGGAAGUUACCGCAAGACCGCGUUCCAACCCUUCGGUGUUGGACCACGAUGUUGUGUCGGCUACAAGUUGGCUCUCGUGCAAGCAUUGUACAUCACGGCGAGGAUGAUUGCCGACUUUAAGAUGGAGCUCGGAGAAGCACAAAAGGGUGUCAUUGAGAUGCGUUCUUCGGGUAUGAUGGCUGCUCCCGGCAAUGGGCCCUGGAUAAAAUUUACGCGGCUCUGA